AUGGCUUUUACUGACAGCAAAACCUGUUCUUUCGAAUCAGAUAAUGCAUUGAAAGAAGAACAACUGUUCAAUGCUAUUGAAUCAAAUAAUGUCACUGUCGUGCAGAAUUUUACGAAAAAUGAACUCCAACGUUUAUGUAACGUACGUCGUCUUUUUCCGUCUGAAUGGUCCUCACCGGACCACGAGAAACAAACAGCUUAUCAACGUGCAUGUCUUCUUGGUCAUACAGACAUUGUACGGUGUAUUCUCGAUGCUGGUAUUCCCCCUGAUCAAAAAUUCUCCGGUGGUGAUUCACGUAAUACUAUGCGAGGAGCAUUUCUAUUUGCUUGUCAAGCACGUUCGAUGUCAACAAUUACAGUUUUACUUAAUGCUNUGAUCGUGAAUGCAUCCGUGGUAGUAUUAAUUGCUUAUUGUCAAAAUUUUGGUAAAAUAAUUCGAUGGUCAAUCAAAGCGUAUACUCAAACUCAAACUAAGGAGUCAUAUGCUUUAAUCAUGUUUGCUAAAAUAUCAAGUGCUAUUUCGAUUCUUAGUCAUUGUAAUCACACUAUUGAUGGUGUACAUGUUUUAAUUCUAAAGUAUCAUCAACAUAUAAAUAAGCUUAGUUCAGUUAAAAAACCAUCAAAUUUAAUGUCAUUAACUCAAAAAAAUCAAACUUUAUCUGAUAACAAUGGAUCAAAAUCAGUGGAUUUUUAUCAAAUAAUGCAAGAAAAUAUUGCAUUUAAACAGGAAAUGGCUAAUCUUAAUCAACUAUUAUUUAGUAAAUAUCAAACGGAAAAUACUUUACUUAAUGAUAAAUUAAUUGAAGAUGCAGAUCAAUUUUUUAUCAGUAUUAAUGAAUUAAAUAAUCAAUUUUCAUGCAUGAAAAACCAAUAUGAACAGCAACCAUCAUGUGUUCAAGAUUUUCAGGCAAAUUUGUAUUCAAAUAUACGAUUAAAAUUAAAAUUAAUAUAUUAUAAAAUGAAUAAAUUUGAUAGAGAAAAUAAUAAUAAAACAAAUGAUUUAAAUGUGGAAAACAUGGAAAUAACUAUAGAAAUAGAACCAAAAUUAUCAGAGAUAGCUUAUUCUUAA